GUCUCCUUCAGCCACCCAGGCUGGAGUGCAGUGGUGCGAUCUUGGCUUACUGCAACCACCAUCUCCCGGGUUCAAGUGAUUCUCCCGUCUCAGCCUCCUGAGUAGCUGGGAUUAUAGGCACUCGCCAUCAUGCCCAGCUAAUUUUUGUAUUUUAGUAGAGACGGGGUUUCACCAUGUUGGCCAGGCUGGUCUUCAACUCCUGACAUCAGUUCUUUGGGGUGACUUUCAAGAUGGACUCUACUCUAACAGCAAGUGAAAUCCGGCAGCGAUUUAUAGAUUUCUUCAAGAGGAACGAGCAUACCUAUGUUCACUCGUCUGCCACCAUCCCAUUGGAUGACCCCACUUUGCUCUUUGCCAACGCAGGCAUGAACCAGUUUAAACCCAUCUUCCUGAACACAAUUGACCCAUCUCACCCCAUGGCAAAGCUGAGCAGAGCCGCCAAUACCCAGAAAUGCAUCCGGGCUGGGGGCAAACAUAAUGACCUGGACGAUGUGGGCAAGGAUGUCUAUCAUCACACCUUCUUCGAGAUGUUGGGCUCUUGGUCUUUUGGAGAUUACUUUAAGGAAUUGGCAUGUAAGAUGGCUCUGGAACUCCUCACCCAAGAGUUCGGCAUUCCCAUUGAAAGACUUUAUGUCACUUACUUUGGUGGGGAUGAAGCAGCUGGCUUAGAACCAGAUCUGGAAUGCAAACAGAUCUGGCAAAAUUUGGGGCUGGAUGACACCAAAAUCCUCCCAGGCAACAUGAAGGAUAACUUCUGGGAGAUGGGUGACACGGGCCCCUGUGGUCCUUGCAGUGAGAUCCACUACGACCGGAUUGGUGGUCGGGACGCCGCACACCUUGUCAACCAGGAUGACCCUAAUGUGCUGGAGAUCUGGAACCUUGUCUUCAUCCAGUAUAACAGGGAAGCUGAUGGCAUACUGAAACCUCUUCCCAAGAAAAGCAUUGACACAGGGAUGGGCUUGGAGCGACUGGUAUCUGUGCUGCAGAAUAAGAUGUCCAACUAUGACACUGACCUUUUUGUCCCUUACUUUGAAGCCAUUCAGAAGGGCACAGGUGCCCGACCAUACACUGGGAAAGUUGGUGCUGAGGAUGCCGAUGGGAUUGACAUGGCCUACCGGGUGCUGGCUGACCACGCUCGGACCAUCACUGUGGCACUGGCUGACGGUGGCCGGCCUGACAACACGGGGCGCGGAUAUGUGUUGAGACGGAUUCUCCGCCGAGCUGUCCGAUACGCCCAUGAAAAGCUCAAUGCCAGCAGGGGCUUCUUUGCUACGUUAGUGGAUGUUGUCGUCCAGUCCCUGGGAGAUGCAUUUCCUGAGCUGAAGAAGGACCCAGACAUGGUGAAGGACAUCAUUAAUGAAGAAGAGGUGCAGUUCCUCAAGACUCUCAGCAGAGGGCGUCGUAUCCUGGACAGGAAAAUUCAGAGCCUCGGAGACAGCAAGAACAUUCCCGGAGACACUGCUUGGCUCCUCUAUGAUACCUACGGGUUUCCAGUGGAUCUGACUGGACUGAUUGCUGAAGAGAAGGGCCUGGUGGUAGACAUGGAUGGCUUUGAAGAGGAGAGGAAACUAGCCCAGCUGAAAUCACAGGGCAAGGGAGCUGGUGGGGAAGACCUCAUUAUGCUGGACAUUUACGCUAUCGAAGAGCUCCGGGCACGGGGUCUGGAGGUCACAGAUGAUUCCCCAAAGUACAAUUACCAUUUGGACUCUAGUGGUAGCUACGUAUUUGAGAACACAGUGGCUACGGUGAUGGCUCUGCGCAGGGAGAAGAUGUUCGUGGAAGAGGUGUCCACAGGCCAGGAGUGUGGAGUGGUGCUGGACAAGACCUGUUUCUAUGCUGAGCAAGGGGGGCAGAUCUAUGACGAAGGCUACUUGGUGAAGGUGGAUGACAGCAGUGAGGAUAAAACAGAGUUUACAGUCAAGAAUGCUCAGGUCCGAGGAGGGUAUGUGCUACACAUUGGAACGAUCUACGGUGACCUGAAAGUGGGAGAUCAGGUCCGGCUGUUUAUUGAUGAGCCCCGACGAAGACCCAUCAUGAGCAACCACACAGCUACGCACAUUCUGAACUUCGCCCUGCGCUCAGUGCUUGGGGAAGCUGACCAGAAAGGCUCGUUGGUUGCUCCUGACCGCCUUAGAUUUGACUUUACUGCCAAGGGAGCCAUGUCCACCCAACAGAUCAAGAAGGCUGAAGAGAUUGCUAAUGAGAUGAUUGAGGCAGCCAAGCCCGUCUAUACCCAGGAUUGCCCCCUGGCGGCAGCGAAAGCCAUCCAAGGCCUACGGGCUGUGUUUGAUGAGACCUAUCCUGACCCUGUGCGAGUCGUCUCCAUUGGGGUUCCGGUGUCCGAGCUGCUGGAUGACCCCUCUGGGCCUGCUGGCUCCCUGACUUCUGUUGAGUUCUGUGGGGGAACUGUGACCUCCAGCCAAGGGCUGCCAGGGCAUCUUUCACUAUGGACUUUGUGCUCUGCCAUCAGGCACCUGCGGAACUCGAGUCACGCAGGAGCUUUUGUGAUCGUGACGGAAGAAGCCAUUGCCAAGGGCAUCCGGAGGAUUGUGGCUGUCACAGGUGCCGAAGCCCAGAAGGCCCUCAGGAAAGCAGAGAGCUUGAAGAAAUCUCUCUCUGUAAUGGAAGGCAAAGUGAAGGGCCAGACUGCUCCCAACAAGGAUGUGCAGCGGGAGAUCGCUGACCUUGGAGAGGCCCUGGCCACUGCAGUCAUCCCCCAGUGGCAGAAGGAUGAAUUGCGGGAGACUCUCAAAUCCCUAAAGAAGGUCAUGGAUGACCUGGACCGAGCCAGCAAAGCCGAUGUCCAGAAACGAGUGUUAGAGAAGACAAAGCAGCUCAUCGACAGCAACCCCAACCAGCCCCUCGUCAUCCUGGAGAUGGAGAGCGGCGCCUCAGCCAAGGCCCUGAAUGAAGCCUUGAAGCUCUUCAAGACAUACUCCCCUCAGACAUCUGCCAUGCUUUUUACGGUGGACAACGAGGCUGGCAAGAUCACGUGCCUGUGUCAAGUCCCCCAGAAUGCAGCCAAUCGGGGCUUAAAAGCCAGCGAGUGGGUGCAGCAGGUGUCAGGCCUGAUGGAUGGUAAAGGUGGUGGCAAGGAUGUGUCUGCACAGGCCACAGGCAAGAACGUUGGCUGCCUGCACGAGGCACUGCAGCUGGCCACUUCCUUCGCCCAGCUGCGCCUCGGAGAUGUAAAGAACUGAGUGAGGGAGGAGUCGGCUCCCACUGGAUCCAUUCAUCUAGCCCGGAGCUCUUCAUCUGCUACAAGAACAUUUCAAUCUUGGGACCUUUAAAGAGCCCGUCCUAACUCAGCAGUAACUGGAACACACCUGGGAGCACUCCCGUGUCUCAGUGCCCCUUAAAUUUUUGCCCUGAGCCUUCCAAGUCAGUGCCAUCGGUCUAGAACCACUACCCACACAUUGCUGUUGAUCGUCACGCUCGCAUCUAUAGAUAACGGCUCUCCAGACCUGAGCUUUCUGCGUCAGCAAGUAGGAAUCAUUUUUGCUGCAGAGAAUAAAGGACCACAUGCAAUACUUAA